AUGAAUGUCCCCUCUUACGCGUACCUCAUCAAACACCCCGACUUGAAAACCAAAUACAGCACCAUGAUGUUUGACCUGGGCGUGCGUAGGGGCUGGGAGAACAGCCCUGAGGCCUUCGUUGCGGGAAUCAAGGACAGGGGAUACAGUAUAAGCGUCAACAAGGACGUCGCGACCAUUCUGCGCGAGAACGGACAAGAUUUGGAAGAAGUCGGGGCCAUCAUCUGGUCUCAUUGGCACUUCGAUCACACCGGCGACCCACAAACCUUUCCCACAACGACGGACCUGAUUGUUAGCCCCGGCUUCAAGGCAAAUAUCAUGCCUGGCUACCCGACGGACAAGGUCUCCCAUGUGGACGAACAGGCAUGGCUGAGUCGCGAGUUGCACGAAAUCGACUUCACGGCCAGCGCCGGACCCCAAAGACUUCGGAUUGGUGGAUUCGAAGCAUACGACUUCUAUGGCGAUGGCAGCUUCUAUCUCCUAAACUCGCCCGGAAAUGCAGUGGGCCAUAUAUCUGCUCUCGCCCGUACAACCGCCGAUCCUCACUCGUUCGUGCUUCUUGGCGGAGACAUCGCUCAUGAUUGUGGCGAGCUCCGGCCGACACCGUACACUCCGCUGCCCGACAUAAUUUCCCCCGGCCCCCUUCGCAGUAAACCUUCCACCUUCCCGGGAAGCAUCUUUCUUGCCAUUCAUCCUAAAAGGAUCGGCAGGAACCCUUUUUUGACCCAGUUGGAGGUGAUGGGUGGCACCAUGAUGCCCUGGAGACAAUGCAGAGUAUCCGGAAACUGA